GCAGGACAGACCAGACGUUACGCAGCAACGAAAGGUUCAUCAUGUCGUCGCUCGAGCUACUCAACCCGCGCGCUGAGUCGGUACGACGGCAGCAGGCGCUGGCUGUCAACACAUCGGGCGCCGUGGGCAUCUCGGGCGUGCUCAAGAACAGCCUGGGUCCCUCGGGCGCGGUCAAGCUGCUCGUCGAUGGGAGUGGAAACCUGCGCGUGUCCAAGGGCGGCGGUGUGCUGCUCAAGGAGAUGCAGAUCACCAAUCCAACGGCGUCGAUGAUUGCCAGGACUGCCGUCGCGCAAGACGACCAGUGUGGCGAUGGAACGACAUCGGUGGUGCUCUUGGUCGGCGAGCUGCUCAAGCAGGCCGAUCGCUAUAUCCAGGAGGGCGUCCACCCGAGGGUCAUCAGCGAAGGAUUCGAGCUGGGAAAGCAGGGGUCAUUGAAGUUCCUCGAAACGUUUAAGCAGACGCCUGAGCUGGAUCGCAACACGCUCGUGACGGUGGCCAAGACGUCACUCACGACAAAAAUCCAGGCCAAGCUGGCUGAGAAGCUGGCCGGAGACAUUGUCGAUGCGGUUCUGGCUGUCAAGCCCACGACAAAGACGACAAUCGCCUCUGCACCCAAGCCGAAAGCGGAUGGAUCAUCGGAGAAGGUGCAGGACUGGGAGGUGCAGGACCCGAUCGACCUGCACAUGGUCGAGAUCAUGAAGAUGCAGCACCGAAAUGAGACGGACACACAGCUCAUUCGCGGUCUCGUCCUUGACCACGGCGCACGGCACGUCGACAUGCCCAAGCGCGUCGAGAAUGCCUUUGUGCUCACGCUCAACGUCAGCCUCGAGUACGAGAAGACCGAGGUCAACUCUGGCUUCUUCUACUCGUCGGCAGAGGAGCGCGAGAAGCUCGUCGAGUCGGAGCGCCGCUUCGUCGACGCAAAGCUCAAGAAGAUUGUCGAGCUGAAGCAGGCGGUGUGCGACUCGGCCGUCGGCAGCGAGUCGUCGGGCGAGAAGCCAAAGAACUUUGUCAUCUUCAACCAAAAGGGCAUCGACCCCAUGUCACUCGACGUCCUGGCCAAGCACAACAUUCUCGCGCUGCGCCGGGCCAAGCGGAGAAACAUGGAGCGCCUCCAGCUGUGCUGCGGUGGCGUGGCGCAAAACUCCGUCGAUGACCUCAGCCCAGAUGUGCUGGGCUACGCCGGGCUGGUGUACGAGCACACGCUGGGCGAGGAGAAGUUCACCUUUGUCGAGGAGUGCCGGGAUCCAAAGAGCGUGACGCUGCUGAUCAAGGGCCCCAAUGGCCACACCAUCCAGCAGAUCCAUGACGCCGUCCGAGGCGGGCUGCGCGCCGUCAAGAACUCGAUCGAGGACAAGUGCCUCGUUCCGGGAGGUGGCGCAUUCCAGAUUGCUGCUGCGCAGUACCUCAACGACGUGGUGAAGAAGGAGGCAAAGGGACGGGCCAAGCUGGGCGUGCAGGCAUUCGCCGACGCGCUCCUGGUCAUCCCCAAGACGCUGGCCUCCAAUGGCGGAUUCGACGUCCAGGAUGCCAUUGUGGCCAUGCAGGAUGAGUUUGCAGACGGCAACAUCGUCGGCCUCGACAUCAAGAGCGGCGAGCCCACCGACGUGGUCACCCAGGGCAUCUGGGACCAGUAUCGCACCAUCCGACACAUGCUCCACUCCUGCUCCGUCAUUGCCUCAAACUUGCUGUCGGUAGACGAGAUUCUGCGCGCAGGGAGGAGCUCGCUCAAGAACGAGCAGCAGCCUGGAGCCUAGACUGAAUCCAGCAUCACAAUCAAAUGAGAUUUGCAUCCACC